CGCGAGUCCGAUCACGCCGAGCAGCGUCAUGGCGUGCGUCACGACCGCCGCGAGCGCGAACCCGCGCGCGCUUCUCGCGCGCCGCGGGCGCUUCAACGCCGGCGGCGAGAUCGCGCUCGGGGGCGCGCGCACGAAAAAAAUCGUCGCGUCGACGACGACGCGCGCCAACUCCCCGUUCAUCCCCGACGAGUUCCAGUCCUCGAAGAAGCCGCGGAAGGUCCUUCUCCCCGGCGACGAGGGCUACGAGCGCGCGAACGGCGUCGAAGGCCUGAGCGCGAGGCAGAUCGCGAUGAUGGGCCUAGGCCCGGACCAAGCGCAUCGCCGACCGGACGUCGACCCGUUCAGCAUAUCCGCGCGCGCGUCGUACCGAAACGAGAUGCCGUGCGAGGCGAACGGCGGCCCGGUGAGCAUGACGACCGCGAUGUCCGGCGGGGGCAACUUCACGAUGAGCGCGGGGAUGAACACCGGCGGCGCGGGCCCGCCCCCGGAUCUCCCGUCGCUCCUACUGAACGCGCGAAUCGUCUACAUCGGCAUGCCCCUCCUCCCGGCGGUCACAGAGCUCGUCGUCGCGGAGCUUCUGUUCCUCAACUACGAACAGAACGAGCGACCGGGGUACAUGUACAUCCACAGCGGCGGGAGCAUCAACGAGAAGGGCGAGGUGGUCGGCAUCGACACCGAGGCGUACGCCAUCCUUGACACCAUGCGGUACAUCAAGCCGAAGAUGCACACCGUCGCCGUCGGGAAAUGCUUCGGGAACGCCGCGAUGCUCCUCGCGGCGGGGCAUCCGGGGUGCCGGCACGCGCUGCCCAACGCGCAGAUCAUGACGCACCCGCCGAAGCUGAACCGGACGUUCGACACCGCGGUGAACGUGCAGAUCCGAGCGAACGAGAUCGACGUGUGCGAGGACACGUACAUGGGAUUCAUGUCGGAGUUUAGCGGGAAACCCCAGGAGGAGGUGACGAGAGACCUCGAUCGCCGGAGGUACUUCACGCCGAAGCAAGCGAUCGAGUACGGUUUGAUCGAUAGGAUCAUUCAGAAGGGGAGCGACGUGUUCGAGAGGAAGGACUACGAGCGCGAGACGCAGCAGUUCCAGGCGCAGAUGCAAAACGCGCAGAGGAAUCAGCAGAUGCAACAGAGGAGCCGCUGAGAUAGAGAGAGAGAGAGAGAGAGAAGACAAGCGCGGCGGCGCGUCUCGUGUACACCAACCCAACCAUGAUACGUAGCCGAUGUAAUCAGUACGGCAGUGAAAGCUACGGU